CAAGUGUGCGCUCAGACUUAACUGUUAAAUGACAAGAACUUUUAUCAGACCUUGUACAAAUGUGUUAGAAAUGUUGACAUUCUGUUCGAGACAAGAAAACGGUACUAGAAGAAAUAUGACAGGACCUCUCGGGCUACUUGAUGCCCGAUAUCCCCACGGCUAUGGAUUAUUAUCAUCUCUUUAUGGAAGUGCUGCCCAUUUUGGUGGGCCAUUGGCGCUUGCUGCUGCAGCUGCAAAUCCCUACGGGUUAAGUUUUAAUGGACACCCUGGAGAUUUACGUUUUCAAAUGGAGGGACUUUUGUCUUCUCAACAUGCCAGGAAUAAUUCAAAUGGACACAGUUAUGGUCCAUCAUCGGAUAAAAACUCUCUAAAAAAUGGAGAAAUUGAUGACGAUUCUCCUGAAAGUCAGUCAGCAAAAAGGAGAAGAACAAGAACAAAUUUUACAGGCUGGCAACUGGAAGAGUUAGAGCGAGCUUUCCAAGACAGCCAUUAUCCAGAUGUGUUCAUGAGGGAAGCUUUAGCCCUCCGUCUAGAUCUUGUAGAAUCACGAGUGCAGGUCUGGUUUCAAAACAGAAGAGCAAAGUGGCGAAAGAAGGAACACACGAAAAAAGGUCCUGGAAGACCAGCUCAUAACGCUCAUCCACAAACAUGCAGUGGUGCUCCUAUGGACGCAGACGAAAUUAAAAGAAAAGAGUUAGAACGACAAGAAAAGAAAAGAAGGAAACAAGAAGAAAGAUUGAAAAAGUUGGAAGAAAAAAGAAAAUCUUUGCAAGAUAAACCAUUGAAUGAGUCGGAUUCCAGACUUGAAAACAUUUCAAAUGACGAUCAUACACAAGACAAUAGUUCCGAUUGUUCUCAAAGCAUAGACAUUUCUGGUUCUGAAGACAAUAGUGGCAAUGAAUCGUCUGCAAGUGACCACGAUGCAGAUAGAAAAUUCUCAUUUAGUAUUGACAGUUUGUUGGAAGCGCCAAAAGUUCCCCGGGGCAGACGACCGAAUUCAAAAUAUCCACGUGUUCAAGCUAGCAAAUCAGUGAACGCUUUAGGACUAGGCAUGAUGCCUUUAUAUCCAAUAACACAACCUAUAGGGUUUCUCGUAGAACAAAAAAUGCGUGCUGCGUCACGCUGUCAUAAUGAAAACAGUAACGACAGCUUAGAAAGUGCUACAGGCGAUAUUGACAAUAAUAUUGUUAACGUAGAACAUCUAAGUGACACUGAGGGUAAAAGAUCAGAAUCAAGUGCUGAACAAUUUAGAUCUCAAAACAGUAAAAGUCACUGAUACCACAACGAAACAUUAUACAACAAUAAAAUAUAUGAUACAAAUACUUGUAUCGUGCUAUAUAAUAAUAGUUAUUCCGUUUAACUUGGACUAUUUAAAGCAUGUAAUAUAAUAUUCAUAGGACACUCAGAAUUACACUGUAUAAGCAGAGGUGUAAGCUGAGAAAGGGCUAUGUGCAAUGGGCAGAACAAAUAGUUCGUUAAAUGUGUUAUUCGUACCACUUGACUCUUCUCGAUUGAACGACUGCACAGAGGGCUUAAAGACCCGACGCAGAUACUGUUACAAAGACCUGCUGCAGUUCAAAUUAUUUAUGUUAAUGUUUCUAUUUUGUUUGUCUCAAUAAAUGUCAACAAAUAUACUUAA